GCCUUUAGAACAAAUUCAAAUUGAAGAAACCAAAGUUAGAAGUGAAUCAGCUAUCGACUAUGAUGACAUUGGUGAAUUUGUAUACAGCUCUUUGGUUUCUUUAGAAGGCACGAAUGAAAAUUAUGAAAGUGAUAUCCUAGAGUUUUAUAUGAAUUUUGAUAUUCAUUUAGAAAAUAAGGAGUCGACAAAAUAUGAACAAUUAGGUCAUCAGAUAGUGCAAUGGAAUGAUGAAUAUCCAAUUAUUGGAAUAAGAAAUGAUGAAAUUCAAAAUAUUUUUAACUUUCAAGACACUCAUAUGGAUAUUGAAAAAAUUCCUAUUGAUUAUAAUUCAGUUGAAACUUAUAAAAAUAACUUUGUACUUAGUAGUAAUGAUGAUAAAGAAAAUUCAGAUGAACAGGUUUUAAAUCAUUUGUGUAAUAUACUUGAAGAG